UUGGAAUAACAAUUACUCGGGUUUCGUUCAAUUCAAAUGCUUGUAGCGGUGUUUAUGCAUGGAGGUUUAUAGGUUACGAUUGCCGCCCUUCUUUGUUUACAUUUUAUAGCGAAAAUUUCACUUUUUUCCGUAGGAGGUGCGCAAAUCGCAAUUAGACAGUUCUUACGUUACCUGAAAACUGGGGAGAAGCAUUAUCGCAGAGUGUGGUCGCGUUUCUACCACUACGUGGAUUGUUUUUGCUCGCCUCGGGAAAGUGAAGUAGGCCUACAUUUUUGCAAUAGUAUAUUCAGUUUACCUUGGGUGCUAUUCGGUACAACAUGAGUUGGCAUCGUUCUCGUUCGAGACAGAUGCCGUCGCGUUAGCUCUGAUAAAACAAUUAGAGAAAAUUCUAUUUGGCAUCAAAGUAUCGACAAAAUUAGAAAUCAUCAGCUAGAUAAUAUGGUAAGCAAUCUAAUCGAUGAAUUAGAAGUAUCACAUGUUUAGUAUCAAAAUCCGUGUAGCUAAAAAUAACUUAUCCCAAUGAUGGUGACACGGUCGAGGGUUGGGUCGCCGUGUUUACACACUUCAAUAAACAAUUAGAUAAUUUAGAGACGUCGAUAUUGUUUAGCUAUCCGUAAGUGCAAAACCGCGGAAGUGAGUGGUGGGAGCAGUUUAUCACCUCGCAGAAAAUUUCUCCAGCUUGACGGAUUCGUAUCUCUGGUGCACACAUGUAAUUUACCAUAUUUUAAAAUAUACCGGAUUUCCAUUUUUGUUCGCGAAUACUCGUUGCAAUAUGCGAACCGUCGAAGCGGUCGUAGCGGUGGUGACCACUUGCAUUGUUUUCGGCGCCUCAUCGGCCUACAGCAAAAAUGUUGAUCUAGGAACCAUAGUCUUCGCAAACAUUCUCUUCAGACAUGGAGACCGGACACCUGUCGACCCUUAUCCCACUGAUCCUUGGGGUAACGAAACCUUAUGGCCUGUACCUUUUGGUCAACUUACCAAUGUUGGAAAAAGUCAGCAUCUCAGGCUUGGUCGUUGGUUUAGAGAACGUUAUUCGCAUUUAGUGCCAGAAUGUUAUACUCCUUAUGAUGUAUAUGUACAAAGUACAGACAUUGACAGGACGCUGAUGUCCGCAGAGGCUAAUUUGGCUGGUCUUUAUCCACCUGAAGGAGAUCAAGUUUGGGACAAACUUAAGUGGAUGCCUAUACCGGUCCAUACUAUACCUGAACUUGAGGACAGCUUGCUGGCAAGCAAAAAAUACUGCCCAAAGUAUGAAAUGGAGUUGCAAAAUGUUAUGAACUCCCCCGAGAUCAGGAAAAUUGAUCAUGAUAACCAAGAACUGUACAAUUAUUUGAGCAAAAAAGCUGGUACUAUGGUUCAAUCUGUCAGUGACGUUAAUGGCAUAUAUAAUACGCUAUUUAUUGAGGUUCUGUAUAACCGCACCUUGCCCGAGUGGACAAAAUCUGUAUAUCCAGAUAAAUUAAAACCUUUAGCAGAUUUUAGUUUUACUGUAGAAGCUCACAAUAAACUACUCCAAAGAUUGAAGUCAGGACGAUUAUUAGGUGAAAUGGUAGAUCACCUAGUAAGCAAAUCAAAAAAUGCACUAUUCCCGAAUAGAAAAAUAUGGAUAUACAGCGCCCAUGAUACAACAGUGGCAAACUUUUUGAUGACAUUAGAUUUAUUUGAGCCACACUGUCCCCCGUAUACGGCGACUGUUCUUGUGGAAUUGAGAGUGAACUCACUGAAACAGUAUAUUGUAACGAUUUCGUACAAAAAUACGUCCGCUGAACCGAGGCUGUUAACUUUGCCAGGCUGUGAGGUCGCGUGUCCAUUAGGGAAAUUUGUAGAAUUAACUAACGACAUGAUACCAAAAGAUUGGGCAAAAGAAUGUCUUCUAGGCUGGGAACAAUACGCACACAACAUUACCAUGCCAUCUAUAUUUGGUAUUUCAAUAUUGUUGCUGGUCAUCAUCGUAUUACUAGGUUUGUUAAUCAUCGGCGUUGUCUACUAUCACCGCAACUGUGAUAGUAACCGUUAUUACUUUAAGUUGACGACAGAUCCUAUUUAAUUUAAUAAUAAAAUCCGACUUAUGAUUAUUGCGGAUACUAACACGGGCAUUGGAAUAAUUUAGUAUUAUAAAAAGAAAAUUUUCCAGUGUGAAGUUCGUCCCUUAUUUUUAUUGAUCGUUGAACACACGCUCAACUUUAUUCACAGGAUCAGCACAAAAGUCACCUGAUAUGACGCGGUCAUUUUGUACUCGAAAUUUUUCAUGAUAGUGCAAUUUGAGUAAGUUAGGUGUUAUGGGUUAAUUCAACUUUCAACUUGGCUGUAAAAAACAAAUUUUAUUUACAUUAUAAUAAAUAUAAAACAGAGACGACAAAAUUAAGAUUUAGUGACACAAAGUGGUAUUCUAUAAAUGAUUUU